AUGCAAACAGCCGUUUCUGACCAAAAUGUUAAUAUAAUCCCGCUGAUUUCGAUAGUAGAACCUAAUAGUAAUACUUCAAACAAUCCACGCUUUUCAAAAGUUCCAAAUUCUUCAAGAAAUCCAAUCAAAAAUUACCAAAUAGAUGUUUUACAAGCUUCAAUUCGUAAAAAUUUUGAAUCAGUGCAUGACAGUGAAGUAUUAAAGGCAAGAGCUGCUUUAUAUAAAAGAUUUUAUCAAGAAGAUCGAAUGAAAGAAUUCGAGCGCAGAAGAGAAAACAUCAUGCGUCAAAGAUCGAUGCCAAAAAGGUUUAUUGACAAUCAUAUGCUUGAAAAAGUUGUUUCUAGAAGACGGUUAGAUGUUCAAAUGGCACAAAAGAAUAAUAACUCUGAUUCUCUUCCGCCAUUUUCUCCAAGAGCACCUUUACCACAUGAUCCAGGACGCUGGGUUCCUCCAAAUAAACAUGUUUACUACUGGGGGUGUUAA